AGCCAUUCAGUACUGUCCGGUAUCAGGGAUGGAAUAAUGGAAUGUUACAUUUCAUGCAGAAAGCUUUCAUCGCUCUGAUGUGAACACGAGAAGACAAGAGGAACAGCACAAGCUCAGUGCGUGCCAGAAAUUUUCAGUCCUAGCAUUUGAAGGAAGCCCUACAGCUGCUUUUUCAUUUGAGUGUAAAUUCACUGAACUGACAGUAGAGAAACCAGGAAGAGGAGAUGGCAAGGGAUAUGGACGGAAUGGGAGAAGCUAAGGCCCGGAUAUCUAAAGCUCUCUGUGUGGGUGAAGAAACUGCUAUUGCUUCUAGAAAGGAAGAGGUGAAGAAAGGCCUUGCCAAGCUUGGGAUUCCAUGUGAUGUGGACAAUAUCCCAACUAUUGCCAUCCUGGCAGCAGGUGGAGCUGUGCGGGCCAUGAUUGCACUUUAUGGGACACUAGUGGAGCUGAAGAAACACAACCUCUUGGACUGUGUUAUGUACUUGGGUGGAGUGUCAGGUUCCACCUGGUGCAUAUCAGCCCUCUACAAAAAUGAAGACUGGGCAGAAAAAAUAGAGGCCUUGGAAAAAAGUCACUGUGAAAACCUUGUCCAAGGCCAGUGGGAAUUUCAGAAGGCAAUAAAAGCUGUGACGGAGGCUGUAAAAGAUGAGUGUUACUCUCUGACUGAUUUCUGGUCCUAUUUCCUUGUGCACAGACUGCUAAACCAGUUUGAUGAGACUGAAUUGUCUGCGCACAGGGGAUCUUGUGAGAAUGGGAAAAAUCCUUACCCGAUCUAUGCUGCUGUGGACAAGACGACGUACGAGAAACAAGAUGCGGGCACCUGGUUUGAAUUUACUCCACAUGAAGCGGGAGUUCCUGGCCUGGGAGCAUAUGUCGAUAUGAAACAUUUUGGGAGCGUAUUUGAAAAUGGGCAAUUGACUGAAGAGAGGAAGGAAAAGAAUAUCUGUUAUUUGCAAGGUUUAUGGGGAAGUGCCCUUGGAAGCAAGCAAGAACUCCAUAGGAAUAUAAUAGGUGCUUUGCAGAAUUUUCUGAAACAAGACGAAUCAGGAGACUCCUCAGCUUCAACAAACUCAGAUCAAGAAGACCAGAAAUUUAACAUACUCUCUGAGGGUUAUCAGACUGUUCUAGAGAUGCACCUCUAUGAAUCAACUAAUGAAAAGGCAGUAGAAAAACAUUUUGAUCACCUGGAGAACAUCUUGAAAAGUGACCGUUCCAGCAGAAGCUUUAAAUUGCUCAGAGAUAUUCAUGAGAGCUGGUUUUCUGCUGAUGCAGAAACAAGAAAGAAAGAUUGUAUGAGACUGUGUCAAGCACUAGACAUGGAUUUUGGAGGUUUCACCAGUGACUCCCACCGCGGUCUACAUCUUUUGCUGCAAAAGACUUAUGUGUGCCUUUUGAACUGGAUGUGGGGAAGCACUAAUAACUUCCUGUAUCACUGCAGUGAUGUCGAAUUCCCUGAGCUGACCAAUAAACCAGUGGUCUCUCUGAUUGAUGCUGGACUGGCCAUAAACACUGCUUAUCCCCCACUUCUGCGGUCUGAGAGACAGGUGAAGCUGUUCCUCUCCUUUGACUUCAGUGCUGGAGAUCCUUUUCUGACCAUUAAGAAAGCUGCUGAAUACUGUGAGACACGUGGAAUUCCAUUUCCCAAGAUAGAUGAGAGAGAACUACAGGACAUAGACAAUCCAAUGGAUUGCUACAUCUUCAGAGGAGAUGGGGAACAUGUCCCAACUGUCAUGCAUUGUCCACUGUUCAACAAAGUCAACUGUUCAGAUAAAAUUGCUGAGUACAGAGAACAGUUUUCUACUUUCAAGAUGAGCUAUUCGAAUGAGGAGAUUGAAAAGUUGCUCACUGCAGCAAAAGAAAAUGUAGCAAACGUACAGCUAAAGAUUCUGGAGGAGAUCAAGCAUGUUGUAGGCUUUCCUUUACAAAGGGCUUAAGCAAGCAUCUUCCUCUUCAACAUUUGUCUAACAACAGUGUUCUCAGAAUAAGAAUUGUUUCUCAACCAGAGCGCACUCCUACUUUUUAUUAGCUUCAUAAUUUUUGUCAGUUCCACUUGUAUCCCACUGUUUUGAAAGGAGUUAACCUGCUGGCUUUCGGAAAAAGAAAAUUAAAAAGCAAAGAUAAAGUACUGAUCAAUAAAAGGAUAUCACAGUGGCCUCCAGACACAGUGCUAAACAAUGAGGUAAAUGAACUUCAGUUUGUCAUUCUUUUUGAAACCAGACAAACCAUGGUUAGUCUUAACAAUAGUUGCAGGGGUGAUGAACCUUUGGCACUCCAGAUGUUGCUGAACUACAAUUCCCAUUAUCCCCAGCGAGCAUGGCCCAUGGGCAGGGAUGAUGGGAGUUGUGGUUCAGCAACAUCUGGAGUGCCAAAAGUUCGCCACCCCUAGUAGGGAAACAAGUACACUCCAAAUUGUCAUUUAUGAUCCUGGCGUUUCCCCCCUAAGAUUAACCACAGUUUUAGGACUGGACAUAAUGAAAAAUCAUAAUUGAAAAUGGAAGUGAACGCUUCUGGUAUCCUCCUUGCCACAUUGGAGGAGGAGCGUUCGGUGCCCAAGAAUCACACAUGUAAUGCAAAAUUAUAGUUUAGUGCAGGUGUGGGGAACCUGUGGCCCUCAAGUUGUUGCUUGACUCCAGUUUCCAUCAUGCACAACCAUUAUUCAUGCUGGUUGGAGCAAAUGGCAGUUGGAGUCCAACAGUAUCUGGAAGGCCACUGGUCCUCCAUACCUGGUUUAGGGCUAUGUCCAAAUAUAAUCAAUAUCACAAUCUACUUGGAAUGGGGGGAUAAAUUUGAUUUGGUUGACAUUCAAAUGUGCACUUUCCGAAACAAUAUGAAAACCAAAACAGCCAUCCUUUGAAAUUUGUACUUAUCCAAAUUUUGUGAUGCAGUUCUUCAACCAAUCAAUGUUUAGAAACAGUAAAUGGCAGUGACACCACCCCUCCUCACUGAUGGCCCCUGUAAAAUGUGGCCCUCUCAAUGUAGGUAGACUACAGCUUCCAUCAUUCCUAACCAUGGUCCAUGAUGGCUAGAUCUAAUGGGAGCUGGAGUCCAACAAUGUCUGGAGUGGCUAGUCUAUACAUAACCUUACAAAUAAUAUACACAUAUCUGGUUCCAAUAUCUUCAAAUCUGCACGUUUUUCAGAUGUGGAAGAUCUGGAGGGCCGCAAUUUAUCUACCCCUGAUUAAAGCAUGACAGAUUUCCUCUUCAUCCAUUAAAUUAUUCCUGGCCAUCAAAACUUCCUAGAGAAUCGCUCUUUUAGGGCUGUCCUGAGGAAGGCUCCCUCGAGGUUGCCUUUGAUGACAUUUCAAACCUGUUUUAUUUUAUUUUAAGCUCUUGUUAUUGUUUUUAUGCUGUUUUUGCUACCACUUUAAAACAUUUUUAUUGUCUACUUGUAAUUGUUGUUUAACGUUACUUGUGCACUCUCUCUCUCUCUCUCUCUCUCUCUCUCUGUAAUGUAAGCUGCCCUGGGAAGAAUAAAAUUUAAAAGUCUGAAAUAAAGAAACAGCCCCUGGCUUUAUACAA